AAACUAAGUGAUCAAUCUGACUGUCAACACUUUCUUUUUCUCGAUGAGACAAGGCCAUGUUCGGCAAUCCCUCCGACCCCGCAACAAACAUGGUGCCUACAGCAACAUUAUAUCGCUCCCCAAAGCGCAAACGAGACGCCGUAGAAGAAGUUGAAGAUGCCAGCCCACCACCUUCUCCAACUUCUACUCUCUCAGUGGCCAGCUAUCCAGAACUGAGGCUAAUUGAAGGGGGUGAACUUGGUCGUUAUAGCCCACGUACAGCCGUUGCCGGUCGCUUCAAAGAACUAGCUUUACAUGAGGGCGUACUGCACUCAACGCCCAUUGCACAGUGGAAUAAUUCCUCAGACAAUGCAGCAGACUGUGUUGAAGCAACUGGAAAGGCUGAAAACUCACAACCGUCAACCAAAGCGAGUCCAAGUAAGACGAAACAGUCCAAGAUUUUCGAUAUGGAGAACCCCAGUGAAGAGCACGCUACAGAUGAUCAAAGAAAACCGACAACGCAAUCAACAAAUGGGCCUUCUCGCAGUAAGGUGAAGCCGAUAUCACCUACAAAAUCGCGAACGAAAAAAUCACCUCCGCCAGAUGAGGGUGCUGUCCUAGAAUCAUUGACUUGGAGUGACUCCGAAAUAACGGGCCAUGACCCAACCGACCCCAAUGAUGAUGGAUACGGGAUCAAUGGUAUUGGUUUCAAACCUACUGCUGCAAUCGCGUGGGCUCGGUCACAGCAAAGACAGAAACAAGUGGCCGAGUGGAAGAACCGAGAAGCUAGAGAGGCACGAGAAAAGCGCAGAGAGCGUCGGGAAGGAGCCUUGCGAGUUCAAGAGUAUGAUCCUGGCGCGGGAGUUCAGAAAAAAGAUGCCUCAUCAUCAAUCAGCAAGUGGGAGAGGUAUAUAUACAAUGCAGAAACGCCGUAA